UAUUGAGUACAACUCAUUUAACUAUUUUCCCAUUAUCAGAGAUCAAUAAAUUGCUUAAUCAACUGCAUUCUUAUUACACUUGUAUAAGAGCUCGCCAGUUUUGUGUUGUUGAUGCAUUCCCCUUUAAGCUCUGGUGCCAACAACAGCCAAAAUGAGUUUUCAGUGGAGCCUUCAGCCCAUGAUAAAGUGGAUGCACUGCAUCGGCGUUUACUUGGAGUCACCUGGAAAAAACAAUUCUUCUGGGUUUCGUUUAUUUGUUACUGCUUAUGGUUUCAUCCUCUUUUUUGUUAACAUCUUAAGUAACGGAAUGAUGGCUGCCAAGUUCUUACAGGGUUUUGAAAAUAUCUCCCAUCAAACAACUUCUUCUGUUCUUUGGAAUGCUGUCGUCUCUCAAACGAAUUAUAUCUUGGUGACUAUCGGCUGUCAGUUAAGUUUGAUUUCUGGCGCUGUCUCCACAUGGCCCGGUAUGAUUCACAUUCUCCGUGAAAUGGAAAAAGAACGUUACUUUGCUGUAAAAGAUUUCCAUCAUUUCCGUCGCAUUUACCUGUCAGGACUCGGUUUUCUUAUCGCGGUUAUCCUUGCCAUCCUUGGAAUUGCUGUGACUAUUAUUAUGUCAACGCAAAAUCUAACAAAAGUGGACAAACUUUUUCAAAUUUGCUUUACAUUUCUUUUAAUAUUCGUGUUCAGUGGCGGAGCUUUGUUUUCUUGCUUUGGGUGGAUGGUGGCCAGUAUGCUGACGAUCCUAGCUGAACGUGUCGUGGAGCAAAGUAACUCUAAUUGCAGUGAUUGGGAAAAGAUGUUUGUUAGAUGGAGACAUCUAUACUUGAAGAUUUCGCGGCUAGUGGACAAGAUGAAUGAAUGUUAUGGUUUUCUUCUUCUGUUUUUAAUUACAAGUAGUUUCGUCGUGACGAUUAAUUCUUCAUUCAUAAUCAUGCGUGACGUCAACGAUGAGGGCAUCGACUACAAUUGCGUCAUCCAUUCAUUCUUUUUGAUUAUCCAAUUUUCACACUUUGCUGUUUUGGCUUACGUUCCCCAUCGCAUCCGAGAAUCAGCAAUCUAUUUGAGUAAACAAUUACGAGAACUUAAAAUCGGUAAUGAGGCGAGGCAAAACAAGGUGAAUUUCUUUAUUUUGGACGUGUUGAAUUCGCUACCUCAAAUCACGGCACUCGGCUUAUUUGAUGUUAAUCUUCGCCUGGCCCCAACAAUAGUUGGAACAACCUUGACGUAUUUGGUCAUUUUGUGCCAACUGCAUUAUUCCGCGAAAUAAAAGACCUGGGGCGGAAUUGGAGGUGGGGCUUAAAAGAAAAUCAAGAUGGCCGCCCUAGUUUGCGAACCCAUCCCCCUCCUUUUCUUUGUCAGUGAUUCCUCCCCUUUCCUUUUGGUGGGAUUUUUGCAGUGCAGUACUUAUCUUUCUUGUGGCAACAUGCGUUUCUUUUCUUGUGAUUCAAUUAAAUGUUACCACUGUGUAUUAUUAUGAGUGAACACUGAAGCUAUAAGAAUUAGCUUUGCUGAAAUGGAAACAUUUUUGGUUUAACCUUCAAAUUGAACAUUUGUGUGAUCAGAAUGUGUUGCUUAGAACAUCACUCAUAGUCAUACUCACACAGCA